CUCACAUUUAAAAAAUGGCGGAAGAGAAAGGAGCAAAAUUCACCUUUACACAUGUCCCUGGUAAAAAAUUCCAAGGAUUCGAAUCCGCAGAAGUACAAGAGCUCCUCUUGAAAUGGGGAAUGGAUAAACGGACAUGUAUACAGAUGUACACAUACGAACAGUACUUUCAGGCAUACGAGAAGGACGAAUUUGUCAAGGACUUCUUUGAAGACCAAAAUGUCUUAUCAACCCUUCAGGUUGUCUCAUCUACCAACACCUGGGGUUCUCUUGGGAUAAAAGGGGCUAAGUAUGAGGCUGAGCAAGUCCCCUGUACAAGCACAUCAAUGGACUUUUUUGAUAAGUUAUACAGUGAAGGAAUUGUGAGAGAAUCUGGUAAUAUUAGGAAGUGUUUUGAUGAAUAUUUUGAAGACUUUAUCAUAUCAGAUGAGCUAAGAAAGGUGCUUCUCCUUGAAGAUUCUGAAAACUAUGACAUUUUUAGUGAAGAGGAAAGGUCAGAGUUUCUUUUUAAGAUCUUAAAGCAUCUUUGCUUGGGUGGACAAGUGUGUCAAUACGAGGAUUCUGUUCAGCCCUAUAUGGAAACAGCACGAACACUAUACAAAGACUUGGUCAGUGUGUAUAAAGACCAGAAGACAAAGAAGCUACAAAUAGGGUCCAUUAUUUUGAAGAUAGCUAGCAUGAGUGAAGACAGCACCGUGCUCUACCCGUCAAAUGAUUCACAUGACCAGACUUUUGCCUACAUGUGUGUUGAUAUGGCAAAGAGACAUAUCUAUAUCUGGUACCAUUCCUGGAAAUCUUGAUUCCUAAGAGACACAAGUCUAUCUGGUACCAUUCCUGGAAAUCUUUAUUCCUAAGAGACACAAGUAUAUAUCUGGUACCAUUCCUGGAAAUCUUGAUUCCCUAAGAGACACAAGUAUAUCUGGUACCAUUCCUGGAAAUCCUGAUUCCCAAGAGUCCUCCAACCAUCAUAGUUUUAGGAUGUGAGGAGCGCUGGAAAGAAAGUACACUCAUGCGUAGAGCUUUCUGUGUCGCUUGUUUUUCUCUAGCAAAAAAAAAGGAAGAAAGGGUAACACUUCGCGACUGAAGAAAGAGAUAAUGACAGGGAGAGAUAAUGACUUAGUGUUUAAUGCAAUGGAAGUUUACCUUACAACAAUCUCGUAAGAUAGAUGGAUAUCAAUAACCGUCAGUUAUCAUUCGGUUUAUUGCACACACCAUGCAUGGAGUAAAAAAUACAGAAAAAAAAUUAAAAUGUAUAACUUCCCCGAGGAAAACGUUUGUGGUGCAUCCAUAAUGACUACUUUAAGCAUGAACUGUGUUCCUGUGGGUAAAAUAAUGUACCGUCAUAUAUAAAGAUGGCUUGCGGGACUUUCUUAGCGUUAGUUUUAUUUUUCUCAGCACUUUUAUUGGGGCUAUGGUGUGUAAUAUUACUACAACCUCUUGUUAGUUAAAUUCACAAAUAUUUUUAAAAAAUGUUGUUAAAUUUAUUGGUUAUAACAUUUUAUUCGCACACUUUAUAAAAGUGUGGUUGGUCUACCCUUUCUGCCAUGAAAAAGUCUUAGUAAAAACAAGUUUGGUAGA